AUGGUAGUGUGGGCUCAUAUGAUGACCCCAACUAGCUUUAUAUUGAAGUGUAGUAGUGGUAGUAGUUGCUGUUGUUCUAUUCUUAUUGAUUUGCUACGUUACUGCAGAAAUCGACUAGCGUUUGGAUUGCAGACAACACAUAAUACUUUGGGGAAUCUGCAACUUGUUUCACAAUAUUUGACUGUUUUGGGGAAUCUUGGACUAGCCCUCCGCGACACUGGACAAGCUAGGGAGAUCUUGAGGUCCUCUCUUACAUUAGCGAAGAAGCUUAAUGACAUUCCAACUCAGAUCUGGGUACUAUCGAAUUUGACAGCUCUGUACCAGCAACUAGGUGAGAAAGGGAGUGAAAUGGAGAAUCUUGAUUACCAAACAAAGAAAGUAGAGGAUCUACAAAAAAGAAUUUCUGAUGCAUGUUCGUCCAGUCACCAUGUUGAACUGAUUGCCAAAGUAAAAAUCGAAGCCCAUCAGUUGAGCGGGAUUGACAUUAAACGAGCAAUCUCAGGUCCUUCUAUGAGAGUUGAUCUGGACAUUCCUGAAUCCAUUGGGCUGUCAGCAACUUCUCCUAUGACGUCGUCAUCAAGGCUUAUGGAUUUUGAUAUGGGGAGACUGAGAAGGAGAAAAGCUUAGCUUUACGACUUGUAAAUUAGUCUUAUUUCAAGUGAUAACUAAAGGAAGAGGUGAGAGUGUGCUUCCUUUCUUUCCUGCUCUUUUAGGGAUGUGUGCAGUGAUACACUGAAACAUCUGGCCUUGGGAAAUGUCCAAUUGUGAUAGUUUACCGUUCUUUAUUGUACAGUUGUAUUGUAAUUAUUCUCU